GUGUAUCUAGGGCUUGCCGUCCAUAAAAUCGACAAGAGCCACCUCUCUCUUCCCUCUCUCUCCCUUCAUCAUCACCCUUCCCUAGAAUCAGUAGUGGGAUCUUCAUAGAUGGGCUCCCAGAACAACUGGCUGGGCUUCUCCUCCUUAUCUUGCGCCGCUGAUGCCGUCCUGCACCCGCCGCCCCAAGGCGAGGCAGACUCAGAGCAGCCGAAGCUGGAGGACUUCCUCGGCUUGCAAGAACCGACCGUGGUGUCCGGCCGGCCGUUUGUCGGGAGCCGCGCGGGCGGCGCGAGUUCCAUCGGGCUAUCCAUGAUCAAGAACUGGCUGCGCAGCCAGCCGGCGCCGGCGGGGGCUGACUCCUCCAUGCCGCUGGUGGUGUCACCGGCGGCAGGUGCAUCGCCGGAGGGGAGUGGGAAGUUGGUCGACGGCACGGAGAGCGGCGGAGCGGUUGUGGAGGCGGCGCAGCAGAGAAAGGUGGUCGUGGAAACUUUCGGGCAGCGGACUUCCAUAUACCGUGGUGUCACAAAGCACAGAUGGACAGGAAGGUAUGAAGCGCAUCUCUGGGACAACAGCUGUAGAAGAGAAGGCCAGACUCGCAAAGGCAGACAAGUAUAUCUCGGUGGAUACGAUAAAGAGGAGAAAGCUGCUAGGGCUUAUGAUUUAGCUGCUCUAAAGUAUUGGGGUCCUACAACAACUACAAAUUUUCCGGUGAACAACUAUGAAAAAGAGUUGGAACAGAUGAAGAGUAUGAAUCGGCAAGAAUACAUUGCGUCCCUUAGAAGAAAAAGCAGUGGAUUCUCUCGUGGUGCAUCGAUUUAUCGAGGAGUAACCAGGCACCAUCAGCAUGGAAGGUGGCAAGCAAGAAUAGGAAGGGUGGCAGGAAACAAGGAUCUGUAUUUAGGCACAUUUAGUACCCAGGAGGAAGCUGCGGAGGCUUACGAUAUCGCCGCGAUUAAAUUCCGAGGCCUCACUGCGGUCACCAACUUUGACAUGAGCCGGUACGACGUCAAGAGCAUCAUCGAGAGCAGCUCCCUCCCUGUGGGUGGCACGACUAAACGCCUAAAGGAUGUGGCUGAUCAUUCUGACAUGGGCACGGACUGCACUGACACGGACGCUGGGCUCAUGGCUGCUUCAAACCUGCUCACUGAUGGCAUUGGCAGCUACGGCCAGCAUCAUUAUGGUUACAGUGGCUGGCCGCCCGUUGCCUUGACGCCGACCCCCUUGCACUACAGCAAUGGCUAUGGACACUCCAGGAUUUGGUGCAAGCAAGAGGAACAGGAUGGCGCUGUGGUUGCGGCUGCGCACAACCUGCACAACCUCCAGCAUUUCCCAGCUGUGGCUGGCAUCCACAACUCUUUUCAGCCAUCAGCGGUUCAGAACGUGAUGAGUGUUGCAGACAUUCCCUCGCAGCCGGUGGACUCCAAUACCUACAUAUACGAUGACGGAGUUGGUUAUCACGGUGCAAUAUGUUGUGGCGGCUACUCCAUGCCGGUCGCCACGCUGGAGGAGCAUGGUCAGGGCCACCAUGCGGCCAGCAGUUACAGAGAGGACGGUGGGACGGUGUCUGACCUCUACUGUGAUCGGAACAUGUAUUACCUCUCACAGGACUUACCUGGCUGCAAUGCCAGCAAGGAGGAUGGUUAUGAGCAAGGCGUUGGGUACGAAAGCGAAAGCUGGGUUUCGUCGGCGCCGGUGAUGGCGCAGAAGGCUUCAAAUGUGACGGUUUGCCAUGGGUUGCCUCUUUUCUCAGCUCUAGGUCAGUAGUGAUCUUCACUGUUGUUGGGAAGAAAAACUAGGGAAAUACCAUAUGCAGGUAUACAAAAGUCUAGCUCUUUAUAUUGCGUUUCUUUUCUAACGAUGCAAUAGAGUUUUGGUGGUUCAGUUACUAAUUCGCUCCUGCGGGUGCUGUGAUCAAAGAUGUUUUUUUGUUAGGGCAUUAGUUCUCGCUGACUAUUUGCAUUAGAAAUGGCAAAUGAGCUUUAGUGUUUUAAUGUAUGUUACUUAUGUCAGCUAUAUUUUUCUCAUGCUUCUCUUAAAGCUAGCUGUGGUACACAAAUUUUGACCAUGAA